AUGAAGGGGAAGAUUGCCAUCCCUGCCAUCCAGCGAUCGAACAAAGGUUCCAAUCCAGAGCUUACCGUGACAAGACCUCGUGUUGCUGAAUGCCAAGUUACUGGACCGGUCAAUGAGUCCAUUGCUACAGAAAGCAGCGAACCUGCUCAGAACACAAAGCAAGAAGAGAAGGAUCCAUCAUUUUGUGGAUGCCGAGAGGACAGGCAGGCCACGACAAGUGAUGAAGAUUUGCUCAAUUCGACACUUUGUGCUAUCGCCGAAGAGAUGAUAACUCAGUACAACACCAAAGGGAUCGAUGUCGGGGAGAUCCGACAGAGGAUAUGGUCCGGGUUCAGAGCUGGUGUGAAUGGCACUGGCUGCAGGGUGCAGAAUCACGUCCUCUUUCAAGUCCUAGACGACAUAAGUAGUGAUGUCUGA